AUGGGUAAUGAGACAAGAUAUCACAAUGUUCUCUUUGUCGAAACGCAAGCAGACGGUGGAGGGCAAAUCUUUCACGUUACUGGCGAUUUGGUCUCGGGCAUGAGAUAUGAAAACAAAUCAGGGCGAAACCCAGAACUAUCCCAGACCUACUAUGCAAAGACCCACCUCGGACGUAUCCGCCUCGAAGACUACCCAGAGCGUUUGGACCAAGUGCUGCAGACAGUGCCGCCACCUCCUCGUCAGAGGGCAUUCAACCCUAAGACCAUGGCCACUGAGCAAAUCAAACCGAAUGGGUCAUUCUACGAAGCAAAUGAGCAGAAACCACCGUACAUCAAGUGUACUGAA